AAAAACAAAAAACGAUAGUAACACUAGCCAGCCGAGCCAUUCACACACGUUGAUCAAGUUGGGCACGAAAUUGUAGAAAAUAAGACUAGAUACAGAGCAUCUGUUGACUAUUCUUGCCAUUACCCGCAAAGGAGGAAACAGAAGGCUAGAUCGAAGAUUAUGGAGCCGGUAAUGGAAGACGUGGUAGAGUACAGUUACAGGGAAGUGAUACUUCCGUCGCUGAUUCCGAAGGUGUCUCCGACCGAACUUGAGAGGGAAACAGGAGAACGGAGAAGAGGAAGAGACUUACUGGUAGCCAUAGAUCACGGCCCUAACAGCAAGCACGCUUUUGAUUGGGCUCUCAUCCACCUCUGCCGCCUCGCCGAUACAAUCCAUCUCAUUCACGCCGUCUCCGACGUCAGUAGCCAGAUUGUUUACGACACCACCCAGAGCCUCGUGGAGCAAUUAGCGGUUGAGGCCUAUAAAGUCGCAAUGGUGAAGACAGUGGCUCGGAUUGUGGAAGGUGAUCCUGGAAAAGCAAUCUGCAAGGAAGCAGAGAGAAUCAAGCCUGCGGCCGUGGUUCUGGGAACCAGAGGCAGAAGCUUAAUUCAAAGUGUACUGCAAGGAAGUGUUGGCGAAUACUGCUUUCACCAUUGUAAAGUAGCUCCUAUUGUGGUAGUUCCUGGGAAAGAUGCUGGAGACGAGUCAAUCAUCUAAUGGCUGCAUGGGUCCUCACAUAAUGAAGCUUGUGCUUCGUAUCUGUAGUUUGAUUGUAUUUCUAACAUUGUAGACUAGCGACUUAAGAAAUGAAUAUUGUAAUGGUGGUGCGCCAGGCAAUUCAUUGCUUCACAUAAGGGCACACAAUCCUAGUAGAAUGCAUAAUACAGAGACACGUGUAUACAAGAGCAAAGAAUACAAAGAAUAUUCUAGAAAUAGUAACUAUAAUCUGUACACGGACUAUAGAAAGCCCAAUAGACUAUUUGGGCCCAUGGUUAUUGUAGUCCAGUCUUGUUUCAUUAUUGGGCCUUCUUCGUAUUGUCUUAGCGUGACAAACUUGGUUGGGUAGAAGUGUGACGACAUUGUUAAAGGAGCCUCUAAUACAUCAGGUGAAGGUGGAAGUCUGUUUGUA